AUGGUAAAAAUGAAAAUAAGCAAUAAAUUUAGUUUUUAUAAAUAAAAAUAAACUGUUCAGUAAUGAAAAGUGAAUUAUUAUGAAAUAAUUACAAUACGUUGCGUUUUUCUGACAUGGAAAGUAGUAGAAACAACAAUGAGCGUUUAAAUUUAGAUAUAAAAGAAGAAGUAAUUAUAAAAGAAGAAGAAACUGUUAUUAAAGAGGAACUAGAAGGUAAUAACAUUUUUAAAGGUGAAAUUGACUGUACCGAUGGAACAUGCCGUUAUCCUAAUACGGAUGAUAAUAGAAAAAAAGAUCGUUUAAAUUUAAAUCACACUAAAGAAGAAACCAUUAUAAAAAAGGAAAUAGAAGCGAGAAAGCAUUCAGUGACAGAAGAGGAAGAAAAACAAUUAAAAUGCGAAACCUGUGGGAAACGUUUCUUCUCCAAAUCGAAGUUAGUCUGUCACAUUCGCAUCCAUACUGGGGAAAAACCAUAUGAGUGUCAAGUGUGCCAGAAAAGGUUUGCAAAUAAACCAAAUUUCAUUAGACAUGUGCGCAUUCAUAUGGGUGAAAAGCCAUUCGAAUGUGAAAAAUGUGGACGAAGAUUUAGUGAGAAUUCUAGCUUGAUGUAUCAUCAGAUGUUACAUACGGGCGAACGUCCAUUUGAAUGUCGAAUUUGCAGCACACGUUUUGUCACAAAAUCGAAGCUGGCCUACCAUAUUCGCGUCCAUGACGGGGAAAAACUAUACAAGUGCGAAGUGUGUCUGAAAAAGUUUUCCAAAAAAUACGAUCUCGAUGUACAUAUGGUAGUCCAUACGGAAGAAAAGUCAUUCGAAUGCGAUACCUGUGGCAAACACUUCGUCGAAAAAGGAUCCUUUACCAGACACGUUCGCAUUCAUACCGACGAAAAACCGUACGAGUGUCUAGUUUGUCAGAAAAGGUUUUCCAAAAAAUACGGUCUCAAUGCACAUAUGGUAGUUCAUAUAGGAGAAAAGCCAUUCAAGUGUGAAACUUGUGAACAGAGAUUUACCCGAAAUAAGUACCCGGAGCUGUGCAGCAAUGAAGACUUAACCAUUACAACGUGUUUAGUCCUAAAAGUCUACAAAUAUCACUAUUCGUUCAUUCAUUUUUUUCCUGAUAUUUGUACUACCUACCUGACUAAACNAGUAAUGAAAAGUGAAUUAUUACAAGGUAAUUAUAAUACAUUGUGUUUUUCUGAUAAGGAAGAUAAAAAAAGUGAGGAUUUAAAUUUAAAUGAUAUAAGAGAAAAAACCAUUUCAAAAAAUGAUAUAGAAGAUAAUAAAGGAAUCGAACUUAUUGACGGAAUAUGCCGUCUUUCUAAUAUAAAAGAUAAUAGAAAAAAUGAGCCUUUUAGUGUAGAUAUUAAAGAAGAAGUCAUUAUAAAAGAAGAAAUAGAAGGUAGUACAUCUGAUGGUGACACUGAAGUUAUUGUCGAAACUUAUCCUGAUGAAGAAGACAAUAGAGAAAAUGAAUUUGUAAAUUUAGAAUUUAUAAAAGUAGAAACUAUUAUAAAAGAAGGUGAAGAUAGCACUGAGCUUAGUGAUGAAACUUGGCAUUAUUCUGGUAAGGAUGAUAAUAAGAAGAAUGAGCAUUUAAAUUUAAAUCAUACUAAAGAUGAAACCAUUAUAACAAAGGAAUUAGAAGUGAGAAAAUGUUCAGUAACGCAAAGGAAAGAAAGACCAUUCAAAUGUGAAAGCUGUGGCAAACAUUUCAUCUCAAAAUCAAAGCUGGCUUGUCAUAUUCGGAUCCAUACUGGGGAAAAACCGUACGAGUGUCAAGUGUGUCAGAAAAGAUUUACCAAUAAAGAAAAUUUCGAUCGACAUGUGCGUAUUCAUACUGGAGAAAAGCCGUUCAACUGUGAAACCUGUGGACAAAAAUUUACUCACAAAGCUAGUUUGAUGCAUCAUCAGAUGGUGCAUACAGGCGAACGACCGUUUGAGUGUCCAAUUUGCAGUAAACGUUUUUCCAAAAAAUCGCACUUCAGUAGUCACAUUCGCAUCCAUACUGGGGAAAAACCGUACGAGUGUCAAGUGUGUCAGAAAAAGUUUUCCAAUAAACAAAAUUUCGAUCGACAUAGGCGCAUUCACACCGGUGAAAAACCCUUCAAGUGUGAUACCUGUGAGCGGAGGUUUAAUGAAAAAGCCAGUUUGAUGCAUCAUCAGAUGUUGCAUACGGGUGAACGUCCAUUUGAAUGUCGGAUUUGCAGCAAACGCUUCGUGACAAAAUCUAAGCUGGCCUGCCACGUUCGCCUCCAUACUGGAGAAAAGGUAUAUGAGUGCACAGUGUGUUUGAAAAGAUUUUCCGAUAAACGAGAUUUCGAUCGACAUACUCGCAUUCACACAGGAGAAAAGCCAUUCAAGUGUGAAACCUGUGGACGGAGAUUUAAUCACAAAGCUAGCUGUAUGCAUCAUCAGAUGUUGCAUACGGGCGAACGUCCAUUUGAAUGUCCGAUUUGCAGCAAACGUUUCGUCACAAAAUCAAAGCUGUCCUGUCACAUUCGCAUACAUAGCAAGGAAAAACAGUAUGAGUGUCAAGUGUGUCAGAAAAGCUUUUCUCAAAAACACGCCCGCGAUGUACAUAUGCGUGUUCAUACAGUCCAAUAAAAACCAAUGGUGGCAUGACAACAUCUUAACUAGUAUUUUUUUGUAAAUUAUUAAUUGUACUUGGAACAUACUAGAUGGCGCUACUAGUAAUCAAAGAGCCGGGAAGUAUAUUUAUUUUGUUAUCUAAUCUCAUUCUUGACAUCCUCCCCUAACAAAAUAAUGAAAUAAUAUAGAACAAAAUAGUAUUUACAAAAUAAAGAAAAGAAAAGACGUCUUAUUCUUCCAAUAUGUUUCACUACUUCAAGAAUUUAUAAUGCUUAUAGGUAUGUUGACAGACAAGUUAUAAGUUGCGGAGAAAUGUACUGCAAAUUAGAAAAGGUAAGAAAUACUGUCCAAGUAGUACGAGUGCGGGCUAGGAGCUACCAUGGCUAACCAUUAAUGUUUAAGAACAUACCGACUUUGUCUCACGAUCAGUCCAGUCCAUCCUAACUAACAGCCAUUUCGCCUGUUACAAUGUUUAAAAAAAAAUACUCUCAAAGAACUAUUGUGCGCUUCAUUUGCAUUAGUAAAAAUUCGGUAAAAAUCGGAAAUAUUCGGUAGAAACACCCCCUGGUGCGUUUUCCAUUUCAAAAUCAUCAUUAAUGCUGGUGAGCGGUCAGUUCCUUCAACCGUAAUUUAUGCUUUAGUCUAAAAAAAGGAAUGCACAACAUGAAGACAUUAACAAAAAUUAAAUUCAUUUUAACAUUCACGUCCAUGUAUUUUAAAAUAAAAUAGCGUGCAAAAAAGUAAUCUCCAGAGAAAAUACAAUUAAGCUAAAUGAGCAUAGUUAUUACAGAUGCCAUUUUCAAAUAAUAGUAUCAUGAUAAUAUCCAAUAGCAGCCAAUCUAGUCUAGGCAGCCAAUAGUAUUCAUAAUAACAUAACGAUUUAAAUUAUUCAUCGUUUCGUCUCCAGAAUUCUGAAAAUACUGAUGGUGAAAACUAUCAAGGUUCCUCUACACAAAAGAAAAAGUCAUUAAGAUUAACUUUAAAGCCAGAAGAUUUCCUGGAAGAUUCUCCUCCGAGAAAGCUUAAGGUAUCAAGGAACCUUUUUCUAAAUGGUCAAUUUAAUAAUAGUGUUAAAAAGUCAAAACCUUUCUCUGGGUUUCCAGUAAAUAGUGCUAACAGCAUAAAAAACGAGCCACUUGUUUCAGUUGAAAAUAUUGAUACAGAUAAGGGUAGAAAUCAUAAAUUGAGGUUUACUUUAAAGCCUGAAGAUUUUUUAGAUACGCCUCCUGAAAAGAAUAAAAGAAAAGGAAACAGUUCCAAGGUUGUAUCUCAUAAACAAAAAGAAAACAAUCCCAUCCUAUUUGUAAAACCAAAGAAACCUGCAGCAAAGGCUCACACUUCUGGUUUCUCCUUCAGAAAGAAAAAAGCUGUUAAUACAAAAAAGUCAAUUUGUAGUAACCCAACAGAAUCUGGCCUUCGUUCUUUGGCAAGCAAUCCCGACGAAUCUCAACCAUUGUUAAGUGUAGAUGAAGUAGGAGACGUCCUUAUUAAAAAGCAAUCAGUAUUCAAAGAAAGGCGGCGAUUUUUUCCAUCUGUUGGUUCGAUUCCUAAAACACCCGAUCGAAAUAGAAAAUAUCCAUCCGUAUUAAGUAAACCUUCGCGACGACUUUCGACACUCAAGAGGAAAGUUAUUAGUCCCAUACAAGAAACCAUAGCUGCUGCUGGGCCUGUUCAAAAGUAUCAACAGGAUAAUUCGCAAGGACAUGCUGCUAUUGGUGACGAAACACCUCCACAACGUUUUACCAAGAAAAUUCCACAGAACAGCCUUUUAAAAAAAGCUAUAAAAAAUUCGAUUCAUAAAGAUAAUAAUUGUUGUACGCCUUUAAAUUCAAAUUCUUCGGAUUCGCAAAUCUCAUCCAUACAAUCGUUCGUUAGAAUGAAAGUAGCUUCUUCAAAGAAACGUCUUUUGAACUUGACAAGUCAACGGAUAGUUUAUUCGUCACCUGAUACCGAUUUUUUAAAUGAAGAAAAAAAUUGCGAUUCCACGGAGAAGGUAGUUGGCGAUAUAAAAAUGACGAAAGAAAAAUGUGAUAAAGAAACACAAACAGAUUUGUUUACGGACCUAUCAAUCGCUUUUAUAAUGUUAAGGGAGUCGUUACAAAAGUUAGGUAUGAAAAUUGAUUAAUUUAUUUUCUAUUUUUUUUGCUAAUUAUUCCAACGAAAUUGUAGAUUAUGAACUAUUUAUAAUAUUUUUAAAAAUAAAGUGAUGUUUUCAGCA